CGGCUGGGAUGGAUGACCAGUAAAACCCUAUAGAUCUUACCACAAAUGCGCAUGUAAAACCAAAAGGUAGUCAUUUCUAUAUUCAGAAAAACCCCGUGUAGCACCGUACAUAAACCCUCAUGUUUCAUCACCCAAGCCGUUGUUCAGGUUCUUGCCACUGUUCAUAUUAUCAUGGCUGUUGCUGCUUUCAAUUCAGUCUCCUUUGUGGGUCUCAAUAAAUCCGAAGCCCAUCUUCUCUUUGGUUCUGGUUUUGGGUUUCCUUCUACGAGGCUCUCUGUUUCCUUCAAAGCCUUCAAGCCCAUGGCGGCUGUCACCGCAGUUCCAGCAGUUGGGCUCUCUGAGACCUUCGACAAAUUGAGAAAACAGGGCCAAGUGGCCCUUAUCCCAUACAUCACUGCUGGUGAUCCUGACCUUUCAACUACAGCUGAAGCGUUGAAGGUGCUUGAUUCCUGCGGGUCAGACAUCAUUGAAUUGGGUCUACCAUACUCUGAUCCCUUAGCGGAUGGUCCAGUUAUCCAGGCUGCUGCCACACGCUCAUUGGCAAGGGGGACCAAUUUCAAUGCGGUCAUUUCAAUGUUGAAGGAGGUGGUACCUCAAUUAUCUUGCCCAGUUGCACUGUUUUCAUAUUACAACCCAAUACUUAAGCGUGGCAUUGGGAAGUUUAUGACCAUCAUAAAAGAUGUUGGAGUGCAUGGGCUUGUGGUUCCAGAUGUUCCGCUAGAGGAGACUGAAAUCUUGAGAAUGGAAUCCAUUAAGAAUAACAUCGAAUUGGUACUGCUCACAACACCUACUACUCCAACAGAUCGGAUGAAAGCAAUUGUUGCAGCUUCAGAAGGGUUUGUAUACCUAGUGAGUUCAGUUGGAGUGACUGGUGCCCGCGCCUCUGUCAGUUCACGAGUUCAGACUUUGCUACAAGAAAUCAAACAGGCAACAUCUAAGCCAGUGGCAGUUGGCUUUGGCAUAUCAAAACCCGAGCAUGUGAAACAGGUGGUGGCAUGGGGAGCUGAUGGUGUGAUAGUUGGUAGUGCCAUGGUGAAACUGCUGGGGGAAGCCAAAUCUCCCGAGGAAGGGUUGAAGGAACUAGAAACUUUCACCAAAUCCCUGAAGUCUGCGCUUCUUUGAGAAUAGUUAUGUGGGAUAUUAAAUCUUCACUUGACUGAGAAUUUUGUGGGAUCAAAUAAUGUUGUAUCUCUCAUUGUCAACAUCAACUUACAUGGGAUUGAAUACAAAAAUAUUUUUUGUUGUUA